GCUAUUUGCCCAUUUUUAUCCGCGAACAGCACUGUAUUUUAGGUUCUAUAUUCGUAAUGAAUACAUGUGGCAAUUAUUACUAUUUGAUCUUCCCCCAUAUUUUCACUGUCUCAUUUCGCCGUGUGGUGGCGUUGUAUACGCUUGAGACCGAGAAGUAGUGUCAAAAUUGUUAUCAUUUCCCGAGGAAUUAGUUUGUUUAUUUACAAUGCCAAGAUGUUCAGCAUCGAGUUGUCGCAAUAUGGGUUCACAUACAUUUCCAAAAGAUCCCAAAUUACGUAGAUUGUGGGAAAAGGCGACAAACAAGGAAAACUUUAAAGCGUCCAAGCAUUCGAGGUUAUGUUCUGCUCAUUUUACGGAUAGCGAUUAUAUUGAUGUGUGUUUAUCCACAGGUAUGACGCCUUUCCAUAGAUAUUUAAAGAAAACAGCUGUCCCAUCGAUAUUUCCUUGCCCCUACCAGCGCAAGCCGAGAGAUACACCGGUAACCCUGAACAUUCUUGGCGCGUAAUCAGCAUUUAAAAUUUUG